AUGUACUCCCACUACCCCCUCUCAUUCUUAUUCUGGGCAACGACGCCGUUGAGAGAAAGCAAUCAUGCUGUUAAAGGAGGGCCUCAGCUAAAAGCUCAUAUUCGUCUUAGCCUUUGGAUCAAUGUCACAUGUCAAGCAAUUCUACCAUCUUCUUCACCUGCACGGUUUACGUUCAUUUCUCCCUCACCUUCGCCAACACAAAGAGGGACCAUGUUAUGCUACUCCGGUCUCGCUAUGACCGACUGCUUGUACUAUGGUGCAAACCACACGGGGAUGCAUUCACUUGAGAUAGAACUUCCGUUUCUGAAAAGAUUGUGGCUGCUAAGACUGAAAAUACCACCACUAAUGUGCUACUGUGUACAUAUCGAACAUACCAAAGUACACUAUACGAUCUUCCGUAAAUACCACUACAAAGGGGAAGGGCGGAGUAAGUGGGUCGGGGAGGAAAAAGGUAAUCACUCAACCCGUAGACUUCUACUUGCCGCCUACCUGAAUUUCCUAAUAUUAGGAGACAGGAAGAAACCCCUCUAUUCCAGAAUCUCACACUUCCUACCACCGGAAAUCAAGCAGGGUGAGCUCGGUGAAUAUGCAUGGAGUAUUCAGCCAUGCCAGGGUUCCAGGAAAGUGCUAAGCCGUCAAAAGCAUUUUAUUUUCCGGAUCGAUAUUAAAUCGAAUGGAAUGACGCCGGAUUUGCCCCAUCCCGAAAAAUUAGCCCCGCUUAUGGCUUGUAUUAGGCAAACGAGGAUGAAAGCCGACGCCUUGACAAUAUUCAUAGAAACGAAAAUCUAUCGAGUGGCUUACCACACAAACGCAGCAGCCGAACGCAAUUUGAAAAAAGUAAAUGCGUUCUCUAAACGGAGUUCCUAUGAGAAAUAUCUUAUUUCUGAAAGCCACUUUGACUUCCUAGAUUCUUGCACAGGGUAUCAUAGAUCUACUGAACAGUGGCACUGGCCCCAAGUAGGUGCAAUCCAGUGUACAGUGAGUUGGGCUGCGAGAAGUGGCGCCACCAUACGCGAGAAUUCUAUGUUGAAUAAUGACGCUAGUGGCAUGAUGAAUCAACAGGGAAGUUCUAGACAGGAUGCCCUAGGCUUUGAUCUAUUAUGUGCAAAAAUCGGGAAAUUUCUUGGCGUUCCUCGGAUCUUUUUUUUCCUCACCAAAAUUGCAUAG